AUGUCUACGGAACUUGACCGAUUGCGCCAACUCCUCCAGGAAGAGAGACGACUCCGCGAAGAGGAGACACAACGCCGCGUGGCUGCUGAAUCGCAGGCGAAGUCGGAGCAAACCCGACGGGAGGAAGAGCAACGUCGACGAGAGGAGGAGCAAACACGACGGGAGGAAGAGCAACAGCAUUUCCAGCAUCGAACUGGCAAGACGAACCUACCUGAAUUCCUCGACGCCUGUCACGUAUAUCUCUACCAAGACCUGAAAAUACAAGACAAAAGCGAGUCGACCCAGGGCACGCCUGCCAAUGCCGACCGAAAGCUCCGGCCAGAUCGCAUCGUUCGUUGGCAUGACUUUGCAGAAUGCCAGACUCGAGUAUGGGAUGUGUUGAUGCAAUCGGACACCAUUGAGGACAAACACUACACCUCACGACAUUCGUUGCAAGAACACGGCGAACAGCUACAUCGACGGCGAUUGAGCUCGGAGUUAGACGUUCACUACUUCGUUCGAUUUGCGAUCAAUGAACAAGUUUCCUCGAUUGUUGAACAAUUGUCGCAGGAUCCCCACCUACGACAGUCGCUGAAUCUACGCGGAAAUGUAAUCUUUGAGAAUCACGGCAACAUGCUGAGUGUGGACGACCUCGACCUGGAAAAUCUGGACGUUACCCAACCGCCGCCACGUCGGCGCUCACCGCGUCUACGUAAACAGGCCGAUCAAACGCCGUUGGACCCUCCGUCGUCGUCGGCCAGUCGAACUCGCUCCUCAAUCCCCCGUGCCGACCAGUUUGGUGUUCACCAUAUUGUCAAUGAAGCCAAUGUCGUCACGCAGAAGAUUCCAAUCUUAGUUAUGGAGUACAAGGCCGCCCAUAAAUUGACCUUGGGUCACAUCUACACAGGCCUCGGAGAGAUGGAUCUAGAUGACAUCGUCCAAGAACGCCUCGACGAGGACGUUACGCGACGAUGUCAGCGCCUAGUCGCGGCGGUGUUAACCCAGACAUUUGCAUACAUGAUCGCAGCGCGGGUGGAAUUAGGGUGCGUCUUCACCGGCGAGGCCUUCAUUUUCCUGCGUAUCCCCGAGGACGACUGUUAUCGUCUAGAGUACGCUCUCGCCGUCCCUCACGGUGAUGUGGGCCCGUCCACCGGGUGGCAUGAGCAAUUGGACCAAGAUAAUCGACUACAUCUUACCGCCGUCGGCCAAUUGCUGGCGUUCACUGUGAACGCGGUGCAAAGCCCUCGCCGCAGCCUCCGCUGGCAAAGGGAUGCAGAGAGGCAGCUCCAGACGUGGCAACUGGAGCCUGAAGAGUUGGGCGAGGAUAUGCCGGAAAUAGAUGUUCCAGGGUCUGAGUACCGACCACCGCUCGGGGAGGACGCGCGGUUUCUGGUGGAGUCUCCGGUCCGACGUCGACUGCGCCCUCGAACUGUCUUUCAGCUGGACAACGCGCCCAGUCAACAUUCGACAGAUACCGAGGAAGACAGUGGGGGUGAAAAUGGAAAGACCGCCGCCGAAACCCCAAGCCGUGGGCCGCAGCAACGGCGCCGAGGGUCUGCCGUCGGAGGCUCCCAGCAUGGUUCCCCGGCGAAAAACAGGGGAGCCUCCAAUGCACACCCUCAAUCCGGUCGGCAGCGAGACUUGGGACCAUAUUGCUCAGCCCAGUGUCUAAAGGGCAUGCUGAUCGAUGGUCCUUUGGAUCCUACUUGUCCGAACGUGCACCGACACGCGAAAGGCUCACGACAUAUGAUUGGCCUCAAACGUUUUCGACGUUCGGUACGACGUAUAUGGCAGGAGCACCUCGAAUACUGCGAAGAACUAGGCCUCUACGGAGCGAGAGGCUGCCUGUACCGGAUCCGUCUCCCUAGCUGGGGCUAUACCAUGAUGGCUAAGGGUACACGACAAGAAUUCAUCGCCGACCUUAAGCGCGAGGCAGCAAUGUAUCAAAAAAUCCUGCAACCGGUCCAAGGAACCAUUACCCCGGUAUACCUGGGAAGUUUCACGAUGCAACGACCUCUGCAUUAUAUGGGGCAGGUGCCAAUCGUGCAUAUGAUGUUGAUGUCCUUCGGAGGCUAUCCCAUGCAUCGCAUGCACAUCCCACCAGGUGCUGCUCAAAGUGCCAUUGACGGGCUACGUGCUAUUCACCGACUUGGAAUCCUACAUCAUGAUAUUGCGCGACGAAACAUGCUAUGGGACCCGGUUUUGCAGCGGGUGAUCUGGCUCGACUUUGAGCGAGCACAAAUCUGCCAGCGUCGGCCACUGAUGGAAAAAUCGGUGAAUGAAAAUAAGAUGCCGACUAGGGGAAAGGCUAAGAGGACUUUCGAGGAGCGAGCAUCUGUAGAAGUCAGGAAGGUCCGGGCAGAGCUGAAUCCUACUCCUCCGGGACCCUGA